AUGGUCUCCGUCCCCGGCUCAUCGGUGCGCCUCACCAUGUUGGCUUUUAUGGCCUUCAUGCUGGCAAUUGUGUCUGCCCGGCCUGCUGUUGCGCGGACUACACCUCAAUUUACACGCCGUGGCCUGCCCCAGGCCCCUGCCGAUGAUCCGUUCUAUCAACCUCCAACUGGGUUCGAGAAUGAGGACCCUGGGACCAUUUUGAAGCAGCGCAGCGUCAGCGUCGCGUUCCUAGGGUUGAUUCCAGACCCAAUCGAGGCAUACCAGCUGUUGUAUCGCACGACCGCGAUUAAUGGCUCUGCUAUCGCGACAGUGACGACAAUUUUCAAACCUGCAUCGCCCAAGAAGGAUCGAUUUGUCUCUUUCCACACGGCCUAUGACAGCUCUGCAACUAUCUGCAACCCUAGCUAUAACUACCAACUCUUCGCACCGCAAACCGACAUCAUUUCCUCAGCCGAGCAAUUGCUCCUUCAAGCCUACCUGCUGCUGGGUUAUAUUGUUGCCUCGCCUGACUAUGAAGGUCCCGAGGCUGCCUUCGGUCCGGGCCGCCUCGAAGGCAUGGGUGUGCUCGACAAUAUGCGUGCAGUGAGCAACUUUGGCUCACACCUUGGUCUGACUAGCGACAACCCCAUGAUUGUGGGAGCUGGUUACUCCGGUGGUGCCCUUGCGACUGGAUGGGCCGCCGCUCUCCAGCCGAGCUAUGCGCCAGAGCUAGACAUUAAGGGCUGGGUCCAGGGUGGAACCCCAUCGAACCUGACUGGAACAUUAGUGUUCAUUGACAACACGCUUUUCAGCGGUUUCCUUCCAGCGGCCGUGGUCGGUCUCUCGAUGCCGAGUGCCUACGGCGCUGAGUUGACGCCCAUCAUUGAAAAGAUAUUGACCGAUAAAGGGCGAAAGACACUCGAAGCAGCCAAGACCAACUGCGCCGUCGGAGAUCUCAUCAGUUUCCCCGAGAUGUCUCUCUUCUCGACGGAUUUCCAGAGCUUGGGUCCAGGUCUGCUCGAGCAGCCGACGGUCAAGAAAGUCAUGAGCGAGAAUGUGCUCGGUGUCAAUAAGAAGGAGACUCCCACUGCGCCGGUGUUUGUGUAUCACGCUACGCAGGAUGAGGUUAUUCCCUACUCGAAUGCAACUACUAUGGUCAACUCGUGGUGCGCCAAUGGAGCGAAUGUCAAGUUCACUUCAUACAGCAAUGGAGGUCACGCGACCACCGAGGUGAUUGCAUUGCCGGAUGCUGUUAGCUUUGUCCAGGCAGCCUUUGCAGGCACCACGGAGAAAGGAUGCUCUCAGAACACCAAGUUGGACAGUGUCUUGAACCCGAUUGCUCUGGGGGUGGAGUUGGAGCCUAUUCUAACCAAGCUGAUUGACGUGUUGGCUGCGUUGGGACGGGGCGACUCGGGCGUGAAGCAGAAUCUCAAUGUUUUGAAGGAAGUGGUUACCUGGUAA